AUGUCUCGCAGGUUACCGCUGUCGCGCGGCUUCUCGCGCAUUCUCAUCGAGCGUGGAGCUGGCAGUGCUGCGCAGUUUACGGAUGAAGCGUUUGAGCAAGCUGGCGCGCAGACAGUCGACCGCAGGAAUGUCUUCUCAGAGAGUGAUAUCCUGCUCAAGGUCCGGGCCCUUAGCAUCGAUGGAAAAGACAGCGAAGUGGAUGCCAUCCGAGAGGGCGCAACCGUCAUCUCAAUGCUGUACCCGAUGCAGAACAAGCCGACCGUUGAUCGAAUUGCUUCCCGCAAGGCCACUGCAUUCGCAAUGGACAUGAUUCCGCGUAUCUCACGAGCGCAAGUUUUCGAUGCACUGUCGUCAAUGGCGAACAUUGCGGGUUACAAAGCCGUUUUGGAAGCGUCUAAUCACUUUGGUCGCUUUUUGACUGGCCAAGUGACUGCUGCUGGAAAGAUCCCUCCUUGCAAGGUCCUCGUAAUCGGUGCCGGUGUCGCGGGUCUGAGUGCAAUCGCGACGGCUCGACGUAUGGGUGCCAUUGUUCGUGGUUUCGACACUAGAUCUGCAGCACGUGAGCAGGUCCAAUCUCUAGGUGCGGAAUUUAUUGAAGUCGAUAUCGCCGAGGACGGCUCCGGAGCUGGCGGUUAUGCCAAAGUAAUGUCCAAGGAGUUCAUCGAGGCGGAGAUGAAACUGUUCUAUGACCAGUGCCGAGAGGUUGAUAUCGUCAUUACCACUGCCCUGAUCCCAGGCAAGCCCGCACCGAAGCUUAUCACCAAGGCCAUGCUCGGCGCAAUGAAACCCGGCUCCGUCAUCGUGGAUCUAGCGGCUGAAGCUGGCGGUAACUGCGAAGCUACGCAGCCGGGAAAGCUGGUGGACUACAAAGGAGUAUCCGUUAUAGGAUACACCGAUCUUCCAUCCCGUCUACCCACCCAGUCGUCAACUCUGUACUCCAACAACGUCACCAAGUUCCUGCUUUCGCUCAACCCAAAAGACAAGAAGGAGAAGUACUAUGAUGUCGAUCUCACUGACGAAGUCACUCGCGGAGCCAUUGUCACAUACAAUGGCAAGAUCCUUCCACCAGCUCCGCGUCCAGCCCCUCCACCAGUUCAAGCCAAACCCGCACCUUCGCCGGCAGAUCAAAUUGCCAACGCUGUCGCUCUGACACCAUGGCAAACGCAGUCUCGACAGGUAGCUAGCGUGACGGCUGUGGUCUGGGGCGUUGCACCUGCCUUGCAUUCUCCACUUAUGAGCGUAACGAACGCCAUCUCUGGUAUCAUCGGUGUUGGCGGCUUGUACGCCAUGGGUGGCGGCUAUCUGCCCGAGACCAUCCCGCAAACCCUCGGAGCCUUGUCGGUUCUAUUGGCUUUCGUUAACAUCUCAGGCGGGUUUGUUAUAUCUAAGCGUAUGCUUGAUAUGUUCAGACGACCUACUGAUCCCAAAGAGUAUCCCUGGCUUUAUGCAGUACCCGCAGCUCUGUUUGGUGGCGGUUUCAUCGCAGCAGCUUCCACUGGCAUGGCAGGUCUGGUCCAAGCAGGUUACCUUGUCAGUAGUGUUCUCUGCGUGACCUCGUUGUCAGGACUUGCGUCGCAAACAACAGGUUUUCUCGCAUCACUGGCUGCCGUCGGCUUUUCUUCUGAUGUUCUCACCCAGUUCGCUGGUCUCGCUACGGUGGGUACUGUUGCUGGAUUGAUGAUCGGACGAAGGAUCACACCUACCUCGCUACCUCAGACGGUCGCGGCACUGCAUUCGGUCGUCGGUCUCGCUGCUGUACUCACGAGUAUCGGUAGCGUCCUGGGUCACUCUGGCGAUAUUUCAACUCUUCAUAUGGUUUCCGCUUACCUUGGUGUUCUCAUCGGCGGCGUUACAUUUACCGGAUCAAUUGUCGCUUUUCUCAAGCUAGCUGCGAAGAUGAGUUCGAAACCUCUGGCGCUGCCUGGCCGACAUCUCAUCAACAGCACAUUGCUUGGAGCAAACGUAGCAACCAUGGGCGCCUUCUUGACCUAUGCGCCAGGCGCACCUCUCAUUGGCGCUGCAUGCCUCGUUGGUAAUGCGGCUCUGUCCUUUGUCAAAGGCUACACGACCACUGCUGCAAUUGGCGGAGCAGAUAUGCCAGUUGUUAUCACAGUACUCAACGCAUAUUCCGGGUUCGCAUUAGUAGCCGAGGGUUUCAUGCUGGAUAACCCACUCCUAACAAGUGUUGCUCCCACAGUCCAGUCCCAGACCAAGGUCGAGGGCGAGAUAACGAAGACCACAUCCGAAGAAACAGCCGAAGCUCUCGUCAACGCAGAAAACGUCAUCAUCGUCGUCGGUUACGGCAUGGCCGUGUCGAAAGCGCAGUACGCACUCGCCGACUUUGUCAAGAGUCUGCGUGCGAAAGGCAUCAACGUGCGCUUUGCCAUUCAUCCAGUCGCAGGCCGCAUGCCAGGACAGUGCAACGUGCUCCUCGCUGAAGCAUCCGUUCCAUAUGAUAUCGUCCUCGAGAUGGACGAGAUCAACGACGACUUCCCGGAUACGGAUGUCACCCUCGUUAUCGGCGCAAACGAUACCGUUAAUCCCAUCGCGCUGGAGCCUGGUAGUGCGAUUGCGGGUAUGCCGGUGCUGCAUGCGUGGAAGAGCAAGCAGGUUGUUAUUAUGAAGAGGGGUAUGGCGAGUGGAUACGCUGAUGUACCCAAUCCGAUGUUCUUCAUGGAGAAUACGAAGAUGUUGUUUGGCGAUGCGAAUGAGAGCUGCAACGCUAUCAAACGUGCAUUAGAGGAGAAGAUUAAGGGGUUGUAG